AUGACUGGCCUCGCGAACGGAACGUUGAAAGGCGAAACUUUCCUCUUCACCUCAGAAUCUGUCGGUGAGGGGCACCCGGACAAGAUUGCCGACCAGGUCUCGGACGCGAUCCUCGACGCCUGUCUCAAAGAUGAUCCUCUCUCCAAAGUCGCUUGCGAGACGGCCACCAAAACUGGUAUGAUCAUGGUCUUUGGUGAGAUCACAACCAAAGCACGCCUGGACUACCAGAAGAUCAUUCGCAACACUAUCAAGGACAUUGGCUAUGACCACUCCGACAAGGGCUUUGACUACAAGACCUGCAAUGUUUUGGUAGCCAUUGAAGAGCAGUCUCCUGACAUUGCCCAGGGUCUGCACUACGACGAGGCAUUGGAAAAGCUUGGUGCGGGUGACCAGGGCAUCAUGUUUGGCUAUGCCACCGAUGAGACUCCCGAAUAUCUUCCCUUGACCAUCCAGUUGGCCCACAGGCUCAAUGCUGCCAUGAAAGAUGCCCGCAAGUCCGGCGAGCUACCGUGGCUCCGGCCCGACACCAAGACCCAAGUCACGGUGGAAUACGCACAUGACGGUGGUGCUGUCAAGCCCUUGAGAGUGGACACUGUCGUCGUCUCAGCUCAACACUCCGAAGACAUCUCUACCGAGGAGCUACGGAAGGAGAUCAAGGAGAAAAUCAUCAAGAAGGUCAUUCCUGCACAUUACCUAGACGAGAAGACUGUCUACCACAUCCAGCCAUCAGGCCUCUUCAUCAUUGGUGGUCCUCAGGGCGACGCUGGCCUCACUGGCCGCAAGAUCAUUGUCGACACCUACGGUGGCUGGGGUGCCCACGGUGGUGGUGCCUUCUCCGGCAAGGACUACAGCAAAGUCGAUCGUUCUGCUGCGUACCUUGCACGCUGGAUCGCCAAGUCUCUGGUUCACGCAAAACUGGCUCGUCGGGCUCUCGUGCAACUCUCCUACGCCAUUGGUGUGGCCGAGCCGCUUUCCCUGUUCGUCGAGACCUACGGCACCAGUGACAAGUCGAGUGCCGAGCUCGUCGAGAUUAUUCUCAAGAACUUCGACCUUCGACCUGGUGUCAUCGUCAAGGAACUCGACCUCAUCAACCCCAUCUACUGCCGAACCGCCAAGAACGGCCACUUUAGCGACCAGACCUUCACCUGGGAAAAGCCAAAGACGCUCAAGUUCUAA